GGGCCUCGGCUGCGGGCUGGGGGGACCAGCUUCCACGGGCGGGCGGAUGCUCUGGGUCCGCCUCGGCGGUGGUGCUGAUGAGAGGUUUCCGCGAUCAGCGCAGGCUUGUUUUGAAUCUUGGCGCUGGCGCAGUGUGCAGUUUAGCUGUUGGUUAGCUGAGCAGAAACUAUGUGAAGAAACUCUUUCUGAAUUCUGAAAGACAUCAUUUCACCAUGGGACAGCAAAUUUCGGAUCAGACACAGUUGGUUAUUAACAAGUUACCAGAAAAAGUAGCAAAACACGUCACCUUGGUUCGAGAAAGUGGCUCCUUAACUUAUGAAGAAUUUCUUGGGAGAGUAGCUGAACUCAAUGAUGUAACUGCUAAGGUAGCUGCUGGCCAGGAAAAACAUCUUCUCUUUGAGGUACAACCUGGGUCCGAUUCCUCUGCCUUUUGGAAAGUGGUUGUCCGGGUGGUCUGCACCAAGAUUAACAAAAGCAGUGGUAUUGUGGAAGCAUCGCGGAUCAUGAAUUUAUACCAGUUUAUUCAGCUUUAUAAAGACAUCACAAGUCAAGCUGCUGGAGUGUUGGCUCAGAGCUCCACCUCUGAAGAGGCUGAAGAGAACCCGUCCUCUCUGUCGUCCUGUCAGGCUAGUCUGUGGAUGGGCAGGGUGAAGCAGCUGACUGAUGAGGAGGAGUGUUGUAUCUGCAUGGACGGGCGAGCUGACCUCAUCCUGCCCUGUGCUCACAGCUUUUGCCAGAAGUGCAUUGAUAAAUGGAGUGACCGACACAGGAACUGCCCCAUUUGUCGCCUACAGAUGACUGGAGCAAAUGAAUCGUGGGUGGUGUCGGAUGCACCCACUGAAGAUGACAUGGCUAACUAUAUUCUGAACAUGGCUGAUGAGGCAGGCCAGCCCCACCGGCCGUGACUUGGGGGAAGACUCUUCUGUUCUCGUGAACUACAAAUACACUGUGGUCAUAGAGGAGGAAUGGAGGGACGUUGUGGCACACACAGAAAGAUCAGUUUUUCUACUCUCUUAUUUUUGCUAUUCUGAUAAUAUCUCCCAUUCUUAAAUAAAAUCCCAUGUCUUCCUGUGUGGUGGGCUACAGUUUGCUACUGUUUGGCCAGAUUUCCCACAGUCCACCUGUUCUGUGUUGCUCUUGAGCCCUUUGCUACACAGAUAGCAGCAAUACUUGAUACUACUGCUUUUCAGGGAGGGAGGGAGGGACAGAGGGAGGGAGUGGUCUGGCAUCUUUUUAGUUAGGUUUAAAAUUCAGGGUGUUGAAAGUUGUAGCCAUCUGAGAUAAACAACUGAAACUAAUGUCUCAGCGGGAACCUGAGGCUCUGCCCCCUUGUGGUUCGUUCUGGAUCCUUCAAGACCCUGGCCUAACUGCUUCCUGAUUUUAUAUGACUUCUGCAGAGGCUUCUGAACUUCUCAUGUUGCCAGGCUGCAGCGUCCAGAGAAGGACUGUGAGAUGGGGACUUGUCUCCCAAAUGGACUUUACUGAAAGGAUCUUCAUGGCUGUUUAGAAAUGCAUCUCAGACCUUGGUAGAUGUCCGAUGGGUUUUUCAUAAUGCCCAUGUCAGGUGGGUUUUCAGAAGGAAAUUUUUCUUUAUGGCAACACAUUUUACAUUUCCAGGUUACACUGAGCUAGAGUGCAUUCACUGUAGGUAAAGGCACCUUUCUGAGGCUUCGGUUUCCUCAAGUCUCUCAACAAAAGAAGAUCAGGUAAAGCCCUUCGCCAUGCAUUAGUAAAGCCCGAAAAUCCAGACCUCGAUUGGCUUUCUUCCCAUUUCUCGGUGCUCUUCAAGAGUCUGAAGAGAAUGCAGUAAUAGGAGUGCGGCCUCAGCUGACCUUGGCAGUGGCUCAUGCUAAUGUGAGCAGCCUCUGGUAAAGCUGGGGCGAGAAUCAAGUCCCUUUAAGAAAUUUUAGUAUCCAUAGAAAUCCUCUCACUGAUUCUUGCAAAUGUUCCUGUUUUCCUAAGUACAGAAAUACACAAUUGAUGUUGCUGCUUACUGAUUUUUGGUUGAUUUUAUGAGCAUGCAAAUAAAAUCCCUUUUAAAAAAACAAAAAAAAAAUAAAAACCUCAUUCUGCCCCAAAUACUGAAGGCUUAAGUAGUCUACUGGCUGUCUGACAGGCUGGUGAAGUUCCAGAUGCCUGUGGUGAGGGUGUGGGGCAAGUACUGGGCCGUCCUGUCGUAUCUUAGCCGUGCACUUGAUGACCUGAGAAAGUCUUACUCUGAGGUUGUAGUUGUGAUCUUUCAAACAUUAGCAGUGAAACCUCUUUCAAAUAAAUUCUGAGAUCCGUAUGCACUGAGUGCAUGCACACAUGCUACCACGUUGUAUAAAAGUGACAUUUUAUUCAGAGAGGUUUUCUUAAAUAACUCACAUAGUGCGACCACUAUCAGGUCAGUACAUGAAAACGUCAUGUUGCAUUGGGGGUACGGUUUCAUUAGAAUUUAUGUGAUCAAAGCUUUUGUUUUGUAAAAAUGAGAAUUCGGGGCUAGGGGUAUAGCUCAGUUGGUAGAGUGCUCGCCUAGCAUACAUGAAGCCCUGGGUUCCAUCCUAACACUGCAUGAAUGCAGACCGUCCCGGUGCUGCACCCCUGCAGCCCCAGCACUGAGAGGAGGAAGCAGGAAGACCAGAAGUUUCAGGUCAUCCUCAGCUACAUAGUGAGUUGAAGGCUAGCCUGGGCUAUAUUGUAACCCUGUUUCAAGAAGAAUGGGGGGAGGCUGGAGAGAAGGCGCAGUGGUUAAGAGCACUGGCUAUUCCUGCAGAAGACCAGAGUUCAAGCCCCAGCACCCACACUGGUGGCUCACAGCCACCUGUAACUCCAGCUCCAGGGGAUUCAGCACCCUCUUCUGACCUCCUAGAGCUCCCACACAUAUGUCACAUACACACUAGCAAAAAUAAAUCUUUAAAGCAUUUUAAAAUUGAUAUUUGCAGAUGGUCCAACCUCCUCUGUUGAUUAUCAAGUGCUCCAUGGAACAUAUUUUUUAAACCUUGGGAUAAGUAACCCUCUGAGCCCUCCAGCCCUAAACUUGUCAGUUGUCCUUUUGGAUUGCACUUGCUGGGUUUAGUUCAAGUUGCCUAAUUUUAAAAUGUUUCUGAAAUGAAUAACGUAGCUUUAUUGGUUGGAGGUAUUUCCAGCAGUAGUCAAUGCUUCUCUUCCCCCAGAAUCCUUCACUUUUGAAAGGACUUGAUUUUGCUCACAGUCCCUUUCUUGAAGUGUGUGCUCCAAGAUACUAAAUGAUCUACUGUGAAAUGUUAGUGUCUGCAUUUGCCUUAUCAAGUCAGUGAGCAGAGUUCCUUUGAACCAUUCCUUUGAAAUGGGUGGCAAUUCUUCAGCCGUGAACGGUAGGUAGGGUCUGCUGCAGUAUCUAAUCGUAGAAGUUGUGAAUUUGUCUCAUUAGUAAAAUGUACACUUUUUGUACUCUGUACAGCUUGUCUUUUUAAACCAAGUAUACAAAAGCAUUUACCAUGGUGGGAAAUUGUGUGCCUUCGGAGAUGUGUGAACUGCCCUUUACUCUUGUUUUUAUAAAUCGUCUGUCAGUGCUGUGCUCACUCAGUAACAGCAGGUUGACUUGACUACUGUAGACACGGGGUUUCAAAAAAAAAAAAAGAGUCUGACUGUGUACUGAUGUGAAGGCUGAGAACAACAGAACCUGUUUUAUUCUUAGGAGAAACUGAUACAAUGUGCAAUAAGUAAACUUUGCAGUUGAACAUUAGCUAAUAACUAAAAAGACUUUUGCUUAUGUGAUUUCACAUUCUUAUAUACUAAAUAUUUAUAUUUAUUAGAGGACUGUUUUAUAUUGUGGUGUGGGGGUCAUGGUGUUUGUGUGCUAUUUUGAGAUGAUUUUGUUGUAUUAAUCUGUAUAUGGGUAAUAAGGCUGCUUGGAAACCUUUUGGUUCCUGAUUUUUAACACUGGAAAGUUCAUUAAAUGAUAGUCUGAAUAAUUUGCA